AUGGUUGUGGUUCUAGUAUAUGUGGAUGAUCUUCUAAUUACUGGUGACAAUGCAAACAUAAUAAGUGCAUCAAAAGGUACUCUACAUCAACAAUUUGAACUUAAGGAUUUAGGUGAGCUCAAGUAUUUCUUAGGCAUUGAAGUGUUGAGAUCUGCAAGUGGAGUGAAAUUGAACCAGAGAAAAUACAUCUUCGAGCUUAUAUCUAACAUAGGGCUUGCUGGUGCUAAACCAACCUUUACUCCAUUAGAGACUAAUAUCAAGCUAAAGUUUAUUGAAGUAGAUGAAGCAACAGGUGUUAGAGGAUAUGCUGUUCUAAAGGAUAUGACAUCAUAUCAAAGGCUUAUUGGAAAGCUAAUAUAUGCAACAAUAACAAGACCUGACAUCAGUUAUGCUGUGCAAACCUUAAGUCAAUAUAUGCAACAACCUAAGAAGUCCCAUUUAGAAGAUGCAAACAGGGCUCAACCUACUGCAGAGCUGCUUUGCUGGUUUGACUCAGAUUGGGCAGCAUACCCAAACACUAGGAGGUCUAUUACAGGUUAUGUGGAGCUGAAGGCCGAGCAUAUGAGACCUGGUGGAUUGCUUCAGAGGUUACUCAUUUUUGAGUGGAAGUGGAACGGAUCACAAUGGACUUUGUGA